AUGCCCUCGAGAUCAGUUGUCCCAUUGGAAUCAGAUCCUUCAAUCUUCACCAAUUUGGCCCAUUCGUUAGGGGUUUCUCAACAUAUUGAAUUCACGGACAUUUACUCGUUGACCGACCCUGAUCUUACAAGCUUUAUUCCUAGACCCAUCAAGGCCAUCGUUCUUUUGUUCCCUAUUGAUGACGCUUUCGAAACAUUAAAGAAGCAAGAAGAUUCUAGCCGCAACGCCUACGAAAUUCCUAGCAACCCCCAAGAUGAGAAAAUUUACUGGUUUCCUCAACGAAUCAAGAACGCUUGUGGGUUAUACGCUUUGCUCCAUGCGGUUUCCAACACCGCCACCCCAGGUAAUGGAGGUUUAGUACCAGACUCUAAAUUGGCAACCCUCUUGGGCAAAUUGCAAUCGACGCGUGAUUUUGACUCAAGAACCUUGUUGAUUGGACAAUUAGAAGGCGAGUAUACUGAAGCGGCGCAAGAUGGACAAACUGAAGCGCCACAACCGGACGAUGAGGUUGGUUUACAUUUCAUCAGUUUUGUCUAUAAUGCCAAAGAUAACCAUUUAUACGAAUUGGACGGGAGAAGAAACGGACCGAUUGAUUUAGGAGAAAGCGGUGCCGAUGGGGAUUUAUUGGAGGAAGCUCUGGUGGUUGACAAGAUUCAGCAUUAUAUGGAGAUUGCCAAUGAACAAAACCAAUUGAAAUUCAAUUUGAUGGGGUUGAUUGCUUGA